UUACCAUUCCGCAGAUAAAAAAGAAAAAGAAAAAGAAAAAGAAAAAGAAAGGCAGUAACGAAAAGAGGAAAAGUAACCGAGACAUGAUAAUUAACAUUCCACGUGCAAUUUGCUUUAGUUUACGUUGUUUUUGUCAUAACCGUUGCUCUUUCACACAAACACAGGGGUAGGCGAGUCAAACCAAGGAAGAGAGAGAGACAAAGAGAGACCGAUGAAGCGACAAAGCAGCGCGGUGUCGCCGUCGUCGUCGCGGAGAGAAACUCCGCCGGAGAAGCUUCACGCCAAAACAAUCGGCUGCAUGUCCGGCAUUCUCCACUUCAUCUCCAGCUCCAAUGCGCGUCGCUCUCGGCGCUUCCUUACAUUUGGAAAGAGGCAGAUUAAUAAGAAUUCCACUCCCGCCGCCGCCGAAAAUUCGCGACCGGAAAAUGCGAAGGCUGCCGCCAGCGAACGGAAGCUGUCGAGCGAGGUUCCGCGGAGCCCGACGUUGCCGGCGGAGAUUCGCUGCUCCAUUGUGAAGGCGGCUCCGGAGGAGAGCCGUCGCGAGGGGCCUGCGAUUGUAGCGAGGCUCAUGGGACUAGAGGCGGCUCCUGCGCCGACGGAUUCGGUGGCGGAGAAGAGGCAGAAGCUGCUCGGUGCGUUGCAGAGAUGCGACGAGGAUCUCAAAGCGCUGAAGAAGAUAAUCGAGUCCGUGCGUUUGGCAGAUCCUCCUCGGCAGUCACCGUCGCCGGCGUUGGCUUCCGUUGGCUUGGAUGAUAAGUUGAGAACGGUUUCGGAGGUGAAGUGUUCAGUGGUUAACGGUGACCAACAGCAACAGCAACAGCAACCGAGUCCUGUGUCCGUGCUCGACGAGUUCACUCGUUCUCCACUCAGUCCGAGUUGCCCCUCGGGACGACAUUCAUUUGCGCGAAUACAACAACAAAAACAACAGUUGUUGAAGAAGCCGGGAGAAGAAGAAAUCAGCAGUACUUACAUAUACGAGAGAAUGACAUGUGAGUCAGGGUACAAGAAAGUGAGCGACGAAGACCAUUUGGUGAUGUGGAGUAGCAAAGCCAUGAUAAAAAGUGUGGAUGAAGUGUGUAGGGACGUUGACUGGGGAGAAAAACGAGAGCUUGGAAGAAUUGGGUUAGCUUUGCAAGAUUAUAUCUGCAAGGAUUUGAUCGAAGAAAUUGUUAGAGAUUUAGGCUGUUUCUACAUUCUGCCUUUUGAGGCCUGUAGGAGAAGACUUUGCUUCUAAACUAUACAUAAUGCUCAUAAUUAUCACUUCUUUUGCUUCUUUUUUCCCCCUUAA